GGAGUGUCACUGACUCACUGUGUCCGCAGCGAUGGGGCGCGGCACGCCGGUGCGGUGGCCGCGGGUGCUGGCGCCGGCGCACCUGGCCGGAGCCAUCCGCCGCCAGAAGAACCCGCGCGAGGCCGUGCACCUGUACGACGCCGCGCCGCGCUGGUACCCGCGCUCCUCCUACCGCCACAGCGACGCCGUCCACGCCACCCUCCUCGCCGCCGCCGCCUCCUCCCCGACGCUGCUCCCCUCCCUCCUCCGCCGCGUCCUGCGCCGCUCCCCCUCCGCCGACGCCCUCCUCGCCUCCUCCAUCCCACACCUCCCACCCCCCGCCGUACUCUCCCUAUUCCGCUCCUCGCUCCCAGCCUCACCCGCCCCGUCCUGGUCGCUCUCCUUCUCCGCCACCCUCCGCCGCCUCCUCUCCCGCGGCCAUCUCCCCGAGGCCGCCAGGCUCCUCCAAGACUUCCAGGGCUGCCCCGAGUUAUCCAUAUCGUCCGAGGACCUCACCACGCUCAUCACAGAGCUCUGCCGCGUCAACCGCCCUGACCUCGCGCUGCAGGUGCUCGAGGAAAUGCCGAACCAGUGCCUCGCACCAGAAAGAGGCGCCUACCGCGCGAUCGUCCCCGCGCUCUGCGACGCCGGCAUGCUCGACGAGGCCACGCACGUCGUCUACUCCAUGCUGUGGCGCGUGUCGCAGCGGGGCUGCGACGGGGACGUCGUGGUGUACCGGGCGUUGCUGGUCGCGCUCUGCGCGGCUGGCCGGGGCGAACUGGCGGAGCAGGUGCUCGAUAAGGUUAUCAGGAAGGGGCUGAGGACGCCGGGUAGCAGGCGCUCUCUUCGUGUGCCGAUGCUUGCGGUGCUUAGCAUCGAGGAUGCCCGAGUAGCCAUUGACCGGGCGCUGGUCGUACGAGGUGGGCGCACUGUUUCGAGCUUUGAAUCUUUGAUCCUUGAUCUCUAUGACGAGGGGCGGUUGAAUGAGGCGGGCAAUUUGUUUCGGGACAUGGGCAAGAAGGGGUUCAGGCCGACGAUAUGCAUGUAUGAAGCCAAGAUCACUGCCUUGUGCAGGGAACAGAGGGUAGAUGAUGCAAUCAAGGUGCUGGAGGAGGAGUUGGCCAACAAUGGCCUCGUUCCCACUGUGACAACGUAUAACUUGUUAAUCAAGGGUCUCUGUGAUAGUAUGCAAUCUUUAAGGGCUCUCAGAUACCUUAAAAGGAUGGACAAGCAGCUUGGGUGUGUAGCUGGAAAGGAGACUUUCUCUAUCUUGGUCAGGGGCUUGUGUUCAGAAAGCCAGUUUGUCGAGGCGGCAGGGGUUAUGGAGAGGAUGGUGAAGAGCCGCCAUCGUCCUGACAGAAGCGAAUUCAGCAAUGUUAUUGAAGGUUUAUGUUCUGUUGGCAGAACAUAUGAUGCAUUGCUAUGGUUGGAGGAGAUGAUUGACCAUGGAGAAACACCUGAUGUCCAUGUUUGGUCGUCUUUGGUUUCAUCAGCUUUAGGAGUAGCAGAAACAGCUACUAUGUGAGAAUUAGGACUGACACAGCAUUAUUCUUGAAGCACACUGAAGACAAAAACAAAAGAAUUGGCUGUGAUGUAUUUAACGCAGAUGAAAAAAGGCAGUAUUGGGCCUGUGGAGAUUAGCCUGAACUGCUUGCGAGUUUUUAUGAGUAGGAAGAGGAGGGGAAUCGAGCUUGCUACGUUGUGCCAGCUAGCACCAGGGGAAUCGAGCUUGCUACUUAUUUUUCUGUUUUCAUCUGAUACAUGUUUGAUGAACUGUGGAACUGCCAUCACAUUGAAACCAUGGUGCUGUUGUGGACGUGGUUAUGGCAGGUUGGAACCAUAUUAGUGGCGCCAAAGGAAAAAAGAAGAUCCGACGGAGAGGAAAUAGUGUCUGGGCUUCUUUUAUGGCACUGCCGUGGGAUUAUUGGCAGCUGCGCUGGCCCUCUUCUAUGGCUGAAACAUGCCUUCGGUGUACAUAGUCUGAGGCCUUUCUCUGCUCGGCUGAUGUGUUGCAAAUGGAUACGGUCACUUGGCAUGCAAUCCUCAUGAUAAAUCUGAUGUUUGGUUCAUUUUUACAGUUUAUGCUGGUGCAUGUGCGAGGAGUUGUAGAGCUGCACAAAGUAUCAGUAGCGUCACCCUAUGCCAGGUGUACCAUGUCGUCAAUGUAGAGCUGGAUGCUGUCAUGUAGACAGACCAAGUCCCAAACUUUGUUUCGGGUGUAGCUUGGUUGUUUUGAGCAAGCUUAAUAAAAGAACAGUUCCGAUCA